ACUUCCUGAUCCUCCUAGCAUAUAAAUACCAGGGCAAGCCAGGGCAUCAGAGAGCAGUGAGCAGAAAUCCUCGGACCAGCUGGGCCUGCCUUUCAAGAGGAUGAGGAACUUGGGGGCUGUCAUUUCAUUCUUUAUCCUUGUGGCUGUCCUUGGAUCCCAGGCUGGGAUCAUACAUGAAACAAUAAGAGAAAAGAGGAGGGAAAUUCAUCACUUUGAACCUCCAAUAGUCCAACAAGGUGUUCAAGAUGCUUCAGAUUGCUGCUUCUCCUAUGUCUCGAGGAUCCCAUGUUCAAAAUUUAUAUAUUACUUUCCAACCAGUGGUGGGUGCAUCAAUCCAGGUAUCAUCUUUGUUGCCAAGAAAAGGAACCGUGUCUGUGCCGACCCUAGCAAUAACAGAGUUCAGGAGUGCAUACAACGCCUGAAGCAAAUCCCAGGACCCAGGAACAGAGUCAUUGCUUGAGAAGGAGGGCCAAUAUUGCCAGCCACUCUCUUCUGUCUUCCCCAGUGGCCACCUAGGAGGCUCUAAGCAUUUAUUUUUAUAAAUAUUUAAAACAUUUAUUCUGCUGUUCUGGUUGAAAGCGGCUCAAGUAGUCAACAGUAAUUAUAUGGACUUGGUUUGACAUGACUAGAGCCAUCUUGAGGUAUAACCAUCGUGAUUGUCUCUGAAUAAUGGCUGAGUUUUUCUGCAUAGUUUCUCAGCAGAUUAUAAGUGGGAUAAACUAUUACAGCAGCCUCUGGGGCCUUUGGAAUGUGUCUGGUUUUGAUACUAAAUUAAGCCAGCCGAGAUGAAGUCAAUUUUGCCUUAGCACAUACAUAUGUCCAACUUUGUGGGGACCCAGCUGGUCUUCCUACAAACCCUACAGCAGUAAGCACCACCACCACCCUGCAAAAAUAAAGAACAUCCAUGUAGCCAUA